ACGACAGGUUUUCUACUCUGAAACACUCAGAGGAGGAGGUUUUUCAUCGGUUCUUUGGUGCUCAUCCUUCUGGAAACCUUCACCAUCAGGAACCUGCCGACAUCUUCCUCAGGUUAAUCUGAGUUUGCAGAAUCCAGAAGAUGAUGAAGACCCUGAAAGGUUGAAGAGGGGGGUGUAGGUCUGGUACUUCCCAUCGCAGCAGACCUUGGUGGUUUGACCCAAAUCUGCUUUUACUCUGAAAGCUGCUGGCAGCAGGAGGGAGGGGCGCUGCGGGGGCUUUUAGAUGCUGGACGGAGACCCGAGUCAGAGGAGAGCUGUCCGUCUGCCGGCCGGUCUGCAUCCAUGAUGUCAGAAGAGUGACGGACGGAGGGAAUCUGCUGAAGACUCGCCCAGCAGUUUGGACCUCAAACAUCAGAGGAGGCAGCCUGUCCCCGUUUGGUUCCCCCCUCCAGGAUUUUUAAAACCCUUUCAGACGCCACAGGACAACGUUUUUGGAUUCUGCAGAAAUGUGGUCGUGCAUCAAAAACUUCUUCACCUACGAAACCACAAAGUCUGUGGUGGUGAAGAGCUGGACCAUCGGCAUCAUCAACCGGGUCGUCCAGCUGCUCAUCAUCACCUACUUCAUCGGGUGGGUGUUUCUCUGUGAGAAAGCCUACCAGAUAAUAGACACGGCCAUCGAGUCCUCAGUGAUGACCAAGGUCAAAGGUUUCGGAGUCCACAACGGCCAGGUCAUGGACGUGGCCGACUACGUCACCCCCACGCAGGGAGCGUCUGUGUUCUGCAUCAUCACCAAGACCAUCACCACGGAGAACCAAGUCCAAGGACUCUGUCCAGAGAGUGAGAAAAGGUGGAUCUGUUACAACGACAGCGACUGUAACCCACAAAGGAACAAGCCCGGAGAUUACGGAAUCCUCACGGGCAGAUGCGUCUCCUUCAACGACACCAAGAAGACCUGCGAGAUCAAAGGCUGGUGUCCUGCAGAGAUCGACACAGUAAAAAUAACACCAAUGAUGGAGGUGGAGAACUUCACCAUCUUCAUCAAGAACAGCAUCCGUUUUCCAAAGUUUAACUACACCAAGGGAAACUUUCUACCCUCCAUCAACCGGACCUACAUCAAAAAAUGUAACUUUGAUAAGGUGAACAACACCUACUGCCCCAUCUUCAGAGUGGGAGAUGUGGUCCACUACGCCGACCAGGACUUCAGCAAACUGGCAGACAAGGGAGGGGUGAUUGGGAUAAAAAUCAGCUGGAUGUGUGACCUGGACAAGUCAGACGAGCAUUGCAAACCUUCCUACUCUUUCAAUCGGCUGGACACCAUGUCGCAGAAGAACGAAGUCUCACCUGGAUACAACUUCAGGUUUGCCAAAUAUUAUAAGAUGGAGAAUGGAACUGACUAUCGCACUCUGAUCAAAGCCUACGCCAUCAGGUUUGAUGUGAUCGUCAAUGGAAACGCAGGGAAGUUCAACAUGAUCCCCACCCUCAUCAACAUGGUGGCAGCCUUCACAUCAGUGGGAGUGGGAACGGUUCUUUGCGACAUCAUUCUUCUGAACUUCCUGAAGGGGGCAGAGCAGUAUAAGGCCAAGAAAUUUGAAGAGGUGUCCGACAGCCCGGAGGAGUUUGAGAACGACAGCUUGUACCUCUCCCAGAUGUCCCUCAGACAAAAGUCCAGUCCUCUGAAGUCCAGCGACUCCGGAGCUUUUUCUCUGGGACGCUACAGCUGAAUCCACGGAAACGUAGCUGUGGUCUGAAGUUUGGUCCGGCAGAGACGUCCCGGACGUCCUGCAACCAAACCUCCAGCUUUUUGUCAUUUGUGAUUGAAGGCGUCGCUGCAGCUCAGACCAUCGGGACGGAAGCAUGACGGACGCUGCAUGGUGACAGUUUGGGUGUCAGUGAAAUCCCUUUUAUAAAGUUUACAGAAACAUGACAGAACCGGUUCUUUUUUGUGGUUUUCAUUUCCAAUUUAUUUAAGUUCUUUAUUUUUCUAUUGGAACCGUCUGGAACUCUGAGCAUAAAUGUUUGAUCCAGCGAAGCAGAAACGGCUGAUUUGGUUUGAAUAAUGUAAAUAAUGUUAUUUGUCCUCCAAGAUGAAACGUUUGUAAAGUUUUUUUUUAAUGUCGAUGCCUUUACUUGAUUGUUUUUAAUAUUGAUCGGUUUCAUUUAUUUAACAGGAAAAGAUUCUAAUCUUAACGCUCCUGACCCCACAGAAAACAGUCCUUCAGCAGGUAGUGACAGACACUGAACAGGUUCAGGUCCAGCUGUCCUCGAACAUCGUUCUCAUCGGGAUCCACACUCAUAGUUAUGAGACUUUUCCGUGCUUUGGAUCCGUUCAGAACCAUCUUUUGGAUGUUUGGAUGAUCCGACCGGAACCUUAAACACAGAUUAAAUUAAAGAUAAUUGACAUCAUUGCUGGAUGAUGUUUUUCACGCCCCUUAAAAAGGAUUCUCUGACUGAAACCAUAACCGCCUCCACAUCAUCCAGCCCCCACCACACUGUUUUCAGGGAGGUAGGGGCUUGAUCCGAUGAGUUCAGGUCUCAAUGUGCUUCCCCUGUCACGACCCCGAAGGUCCAGAUUUCCUCUGAUGGCUUGCUGAACUUACAUUUUUGUUUUUAUGACCCCAUAUGACCCCAUUUAGCCGUUCAGACUGAAGCAUUCAUCCCCAGAUAUGUAGCAUGAAUUUAAGCCAGCAGUCUUAUACUCCAUGAUUAGUAAAUGUAUUCAGAACAAAUAUAUUAAACGGAUUAAAGGGGUUAAAGAUGGGAAUUUAAAACGUGAUAAAUACCAUUUCCUGAUCUUUUUGAAAUGUAAAUGUGAUGAGAAAAUAAAAAGAAAUAAAGGGAAAAGUA